AUGAAUGGAAAACACGAACAGAGAGCUGAUUGGUGUUUGUGGUAUUACCAACAGAUGCCUCCACACCUAUGUAGUGACCUGAGUUCAGGCUCGAGGAUGCAGGCCGUCACAUACCAUCACAUCAGCAGCCCACAACAGAAGCCGUUCUGUCACAACAAUGACGAGUCAAAUUUCACACUGCCAGGAGGUCUCCAUGUCCACGGCCAUGAGCGUCUUGUGGUGACAGGGGCAAACCAAGUCAUCUUUGCCUACAAGGAUGAGGAGAUCAUACUGGACUGUUCUCUAGAUUUGCAAGUAUCAGCCAGUCUCCAUGUCCACGGCCCCUCGGGUCCAGUUGUGGCCCAGCUGGGAGGCACAGUCCUCCUGCCAUGCUUUAUUGAAAGCCCACUGCCUCUGGAAGAGCAUCUUCUGGUGACGAGUGCAGACCGAGCCGUCUUUGCCCAUAAGGGCGGGGAGGUCAUACUGAACUGUUCUGUAGAUUCACAUGUACCAGUCAGUGAGAUAGAAGAAGUGACCUGGAAAAAGACUGACGGAGACCGAGACAUCCUUGUCCUGCUUUAUCAAGAGAAUGAGAUCUUCCCAGACUCCUCACAUGAGAGUUAUCAGGGGAGGGUUGAGUUCUUUACUUCUGAAAUCCCUAAAAGAAACUUCUCGCUAAAGCUGAUGGAUGUAAGGAUGGAAGAUAAAGGAGAAUUCGUGUGUGAGGUCCACACUAGGAACAUGUCAGCACAUACCACUGUGGUUCUGAAAGGUGUAGGUUUCUCUGCAAUCCAUAUUUCAAUAUUGGUGUUGUGCUCAGUUGCACUAUUGCUUGCAUUGGGAUUUUGUGGUCCUGUUUUUAUCCUGCUGAAAAAGAAAGUUACUAGCAAAAAGGUCAUGAAAAUGUACAUCUCUCUGAUCCUCUGUUCGAGCAUCUGCAUGUUUGUUGCUUUCUGCUUGUGGUCAACAGAAGGGUUUCUCACUGAGGUUGUCGCUUGUUCGAGUGUCAGUAUCAUAAGGCCAGUCAUGCUGAUGAAAUCCUCUCCUUAUCUCAACAGAUUUCCAAUAAAAGUACUUUUAAUUUAUUCUUGA